CAAUGGCUCUGUAGUUAAACAACAGGUCGCUAGUUUUAAGAAGGGCACCUGCAGCUACUUAGCCUACUUCUGCCUAACGAUGAUGUUACGCUACACACAGCCGCAUCGCCACCACAAGAUCAGACCCACAACACUCCUCACCGGCGUCCUUUCCCUUUCCACAAGCUCGCCACUCCCCGAAUCCUACACCGUCACGCCCCCGAUUAAGCCAUGGCCGCAGCGAUUGUACCCGAAGCGUCUAGUAAUCAUGAUCACCCGCCAGCAAAAUCUCGACCUUGCCCUGCAAAUUUUUCAAUACGCAGGAAAAUUCCACCCUGGUUUCUCCCAUAAUUACGACACCUACAACGCCAUUAUCAACCGCCUCUGUCGUGGCCGUGCCUUUGAUCCUGUGGAGUCUUUGCUCUCGGAAUUGCGGGAGUCCGAAAUCAAAUGUGGCGAGAAUCUGUUCAUUACUGUUAUCCGCAAUUACGGCCUCGCCGGUCGUCCCAAAUUGGCCCUUAAAAUGUUUCUGCGGAUUGAAAAGUUCGGCCUGCAACCUUCGGUGAGAUCGUUGAACACGCUGUUGAAUGCUUUCGUGCAAACCAAACGGUACGAUUUGGUGCACAUAAUAUUCAAGAAUAGUAAAGAGAAGUUUGGGGUAGUCCCAAAUGUUUUCACUUGUAAUAUACUGAUCAAAGCACUUUGUAAGAAGAACGAUGUGGAACGUGCACUUCAGCUGCUUGACGAAAUGCCUGCCAUGGGAACGAUUCCCAAUGUGGUGACAUAUACAACAAUUUUAGGUGGAUAUGUUUCAAGGGGCGAUAUGGGAAGAGCCAAGAGGAUUUUUGGUGAGAUAUUGGAUCGGGGUUGGUUGCCUGAUGCGACUACAUAUACGAUCUUGAUGGAUGGAUAUUGUAAACAAGGGAGGUUGAUUGAUGCUAUCAAGGUGAUGGAUGAAAUGGAUGACAAUGGAGUUGCGCCUAACGAUGUUACUUAUGGGGUCAUGAUUGAGGCGUACUGCAAAGAGAAGAAACCAGGUGAAGCACGUAACCUGCUUGAUGAUAUGCUUCUCAAUAAUUAUGUGCCAAGUUCAGCACUUUGUUGUAAGGUGAUUGAUGGUUUGUGCGAGGAAGGGAAGGUCGAGGAUGCCAGUGAGUUGUGGAAGAGGCUAUUGAAGAAUAAUUGCACGCCUGAUAAUGCCAUAUUUAGCACGCUGAUCCAUUGGCUUUGUAAGAAGGGGGAGAUAUGGGAAGCAAGGAAGCUGUUUGAUGACUUUGAGCAAGGUACAAUCCCAAGUCUCUUGACAUAUAAUACACUCAUUUCGGGAAUGUGUGAGAAAGGAGACUUGAAUGCUGCAGGGAGGUUAUGGGAUGACAUGGUGGACAAGGGUUGUGCCCCCAAUGCUUUUACGUAUAACGUGUUGAUUAAGGGGUUUUGUAAAAUUGGUAAUGUGAAGGAGGGGAUUCUAAUUCUUGAGGAAAUGUUGAAUAAAAAAUGUGUUCCUGACAAGGCAACUUACACGAUAUUAAUUGAGGGGCUCACUGAUUUAGGAAUGGAAGGAGAGAUUACCAAGUUAGUUGCAAUGGCAAUUUCAAAUAAAGGAGUUGGCAGUGACUCUUGGGAUAUUUUCUUAAAUAAGGUUGAUGGAAAGUUGGAAAACGGAGCUGCUUCUAUUGAUAAAUUGUUACUAGAGGAUGGAACUUAGACAUAUGAUUGUGGGUUUAUGAACGACUACACAUUCUACCCGUAUACUAUGGAGUUAUGAUUAAGAGACUUUGUGAUACACUAAUGUGAAAUUUCUCCUUGCUGUUGUGGAUACCUGAAGUUUCUGGGGUCUUGAGGACUAGUUGAGAGUAAAUUAGGAUUUGAUGAAGUGCAAUGUUGCCUUCAUUAGGUUCUGAUGCCAGAAGGCUGUCAACUUAAUCUCCAUACUGAAACAUGCAAAAAGGAUGUGUUCUACUACUUGCCUAUGAGGAGAACCACCAAGAUGGAAAGUAUGGGCUUUUAACAAGAUGCUUUUAGUGGCGUGCUUUGCGUUGGUGAAAAGGCUACUAGACCCGAAAAUCGGAGCAGCUAAAGUAAUGACUUCAUUACAUUUUCAGCAAUUUUAAUUUUAUAUAAAUGACGUUAGAUCUAGAGUAAUCAUUUGAUCAAGAAUGACUCGACGAGUUUUUAGAUUUUUACAUGUAAGGAAGAUUUUUACGAUGCCAUCUGUUGAUGAUGAAUCAUACUCAAUCGGCAAAGUUAGUUGGAGAUUUUUCUUAGUAGGCAAAGGUAACAUUGCUAAUUGAUGUGGCUUGAUUGCGCUAGGAGAGGGUUUACGAGUUGUUGGAUGAAAAGCUGCAUGGGCAAGUUGUUGGAUGAAGAGAUUUCUGAUGCUUUUGGGAUGUCUUGACUCUUGAAUUCUGAUAUUGAGGUUUUGUAGUGUUACAUAUGGUCACUGUCACUAUCAGCAUGACAUUUGCUUCCAGGGAAAACUAUUGUGCAAUGAGGUACAUAGCUAUGUACCCAAACAGAGCUCAGUCUUCGAAACGGAAGGAGAUGCAAAAGCCAUGUCACAGUUCUGAUUUCUGAACCUGACCCCUACACAAGAUGCCCAAAGCUGUGUCCAAUGGCCUUCGACUCUACAAAGCUACACGCAAUUAAAAGAAUCCCUAGGCGAAUACUCAACUGCAAUGACAGGUUCUCUUGCCUCUUCUCAUAUAAACACAGAGAGGUGGCUUUCUCUUUCAUGUUUUGAGACCAAAAGAAGUUUUCUUGAUACUAUAUCUUUCUCAACUAUGGAAAAUAGCUUUGUAAAGUGCAUGUUUGAGAUAAUGUACCUCGUCGUGCAUUUUAGGCUGUCAUUUUUGUGUUUUUUACAGGUUCCAUAAAUAAGUUUUCUGCAUGAGGAAAUUAGUUUUUCUAAUGGAUAAUUGAAAAGAAGGAAAAUGUCUUUGAUUGGAGAACUUCAUAGAUUAUAUGAUAUGAGAAAUAUUGAAAUGUACGAGGAACUUGAUUGCAUAAGUUUUUAUCUGCUUUGACUUUGCUAAGUGACUUUUUUUGCUCGAGACGAGCAAGUUUUACCCAUUCAGUUUCAUUAUCUUGGUAACUAGCUAGUUGUAUAUAUGCACUGACCUUUUUCCUUGCUAUAAUGCAUUGGUAACGGUUAUUGUUCUGCCACAUGUUAUACUACUAGAUUACUAAGAUAGGCAUUAUAUACUUUUGCUUUGAUCUCAAACCAUUCCUCUUGAGAAAAUAAGCAACCCUAGUGAAGCAUUUACAUUUGUUUGUUGUUCACAUUGUUUGAUUUUCUCUUCUAUUUGGAUGUGGUGAGAUUUUAUAUUGGAAGGCCUAUCAUAUUUCCUUGCCUAUUGUAAUGAUGUUUGAGAACCAAAAGCUUAGAAGGCACAGCAGUCUUUGUGUAUAUUUGCAGUGAUUAUUGGAUUUUGAGUUGAUGAAUUGAAUUAUGUGAGGAGGAGAAGGCGGCGUUAUCUGGAUUAUCUUGUUCACUGCCACAUGAAACUCUGGCAAAAUGCUAUGGCCACCAUGUGUCCGUCUGUUGCUCUCAGAUUUACAUAAAAAUCUCUCCAUCUGAAUAUCGAUCUCAUCUUCAUCGCUUGGUUGUCAACUCCUAAUCAUCCUUUACCACAAUAUUAUUUUGAGAAUGUUUUG